AUGGGAGCCAUGGCGAACGGGAGGGCACCGCGUCUGCUGGCGGCGAUCUGCUGCUCGCUGCUGGCGGCCUGCCUCUGGAGAGGGGCGUUGGGGACGCGAGACGAAUGGAAGCUGCCCAGAUUGGACAUCUCGAAGGUCCAGCAGCUGAGGAAGUUGCUGCAGGGGCCCGAAGCUGCACCAUGUGAGCGGUUUCCUUACAUGGCCUCAAUCCGGGAUACGAAUAGUGUCCACCAGUGCAGUGGUGUGCUUGUAAAAUCCGUUGCGUCAACAAAGAAGAAGGAGCCACCCUUUGUGAUCACUUCUGCACACUGCUUGGAUGAGCUUGGACAUUCGCCAAUCGUCGUCAUCGGGGCCUGUGACCCUGAUACUGAGGAGCUUCUCUUGCCUGCAAGGACUUUUGUCCAUGAGGGCUGGACUGGAAAUUUCGACGAUGGGAAUGACAUUGCACUGCUGUGGAUGGGAGUAAAACUCACGAAGCACGAAGCCAUCGGUUUGCCUGUCAGGCCUGAGAUCCCCAAAGAAGGGGAAGUGUUUGGCGCCUUGGGCUGGGCACAGGAGAGCGAUGGAACACCUUUGGACACCCUUCAGAUUGCCCUGGACACCGAGUUCCUUCCAAAUGGGGAGUGUGCGGAAGAUGAUGUCUGGGGUGACAGGAUCAAGGACACGAUGAUGUGUUUCUCUGGAGGAAUUUCCGAUGCGGAUGGAUGCCCAGGUGAUGGCGGCGGACCGGUGCUGCGGCUUUUCUCCCCGAACGGGGAUUACACUGGUGGCCAGCCCUCUUUGGAUACGCUUUUUGGUUUGGCCUCUUUUGGGGAGCCAGAUGUGACGUGUGCAGAGGCAAAACGGCCUGGUGUAUAUACCUCAGUUGCAAACCAUAUCGCCUGGAUAACGGAGAAGAUGCUCACGGUCUGCUCGGACUGCCCUCUUUCAUCACCUGAUGUUGUCACGGCGGGGACAGUCACCCCUGUUACACCCCCAGCCACAACGGAGGCCCCUCCAAGCCCUACCCCUACUGAACCAGAGGAGCCUCCCGUGGAGCUUCCCGAGGAGCCUCCCGUGGAGCCUCCCACGGAGCCUCCCGAGGAGCCUCCCGUGGAGCCUCCCACGGAGCCACCCGUGGAGCCUCCCACGGAGCCACCCGUGGAGCCUCCCACAGAGCCUCCCGUGGAGCCUCCCACGGAGCCUCCCGUGGAGCCUCCUGUAGAGCUUCCGGCGGGCACAACUGUGGACGACGCCCUCAGCUCAGAUCCCUGUAGAUAUGAUGAUGAUGCAGGAGAGUGCAGAGCCAACGCCCUCAUCAACGUCCCUGACUCCAGUAUCAUCCGAACACUGCUUACACUUCUUGGUUGCCUUGACUCGACCAGUCAAUCCGCUUGUGAGGCUGAGGAAUUGUGCACUUGGGAUGUGGAUGAGGGUGCUUGUCAAACCGACAUCCUGCUGGCUCUGAAAGAUUGCACACUCCCAGUGUGGAGUGCAUUUUUGAGGAGUAUCGGCUGUGCAUCGUUUGGAACUGAAGAGAAGUGCGUCAGCUUGCCAGGGUGCUUGUGGGAUUCAAACGUAUGUAUACCUGAUGAGGAUGCCCAGUCAGAGGCGUUGUUUAACCCGGAGAUCACGGCUGGGCUCUCCAUUUUUGCGGAGUGCGGCGAGACCAGCGCCGCCGACUGCGAGGACGACGGCGAAUGCUCCCUGGGCGAUGAUGGCAACUGCGUCUACACAGGGCUCACGGAUUUCUCACCGUGGAUCAGGGAGGACACGCCUUUCUGCAAUUAUUUCAAGGCGUUUCUCGGCUGCCGUGAAGCAGAUGCGCCAGACUGCCCCAGCGGGUGCCGUGUGAACACUGGCGAUUCGGGAGAUUUCUGCUCCGAGACCGAGGAAGCCAUUGUGGAAGGUACUUUUGACGAUGAUCCUGCUGCCAAGGCUGUUAUGGAAAAGGCCCUUGAAACGUGCCCAUCCAUAUCGUCGCAAUCUGAAUGCACAUCUCUCACAGAGCAGGAUCUUUAG